UUCUAGCAUUACCAGAAGCAUCUCAAGUCUUCCUGGCAGGGACCCACGAUGAAUACGAAGCUGCCCUUGCGAGAAGAAUUUGAGACCUGGACCUCUCUACAGGUGGCAGAUCUUCUAAGACAGUGUGGAAUGCAUGACUGUGCCAGAAUAGUGGAAAAAUUAAAUAUAGACGGAGUUCGGUUUUUGCAUUUAUCAGAAUACGAGAGACACAGAUUCAGAAUAAUGGACCAGCCGCAACUUCAAAAAAUAGUGCAUGAUAUCAAGAAAAAUGAUAGUGGAAUAAUGAGCAAGUUCAAAAAGUUCCAAAACGAACAAGUGGCCUUAAUAUGCAAAACUGGAAAAAAUACAUGGGAUCGGUUAACAAGUAAACCACCACCAAGCAUACCACCAGUUGAUUAUGUUCCAGACCGUACAGAAGAAGAAGAACAGUGGUCAGAUGAUUUCGACAGCGAUUAUGAAAAUCCAGAUCACCACUCGGAUUCUGAGAUGUACGUGGUCCCCACAGAAGAGAACUGUGAUGACAGCUAUGAGCCUCCUCCAAGUGAACAUGAGCCGAAGAUGAUCCCAAUACCAUUCACAUGUGCUCAGGGUGUCUAUGCAGAUGACAAAGUAGCUAGCAAUCAGAAGACGUGGCCCUCGUCUAUUCCACCAAACCAAUCUGCAUCUCUAUCCAAGAAACCAGCCACUUUACCGCUACUGCCCCCUGCUGUUCAGAAGCCUAAACUUCCGCCCAAGCGAAUGGAUGAUGAGGCAGAUUAUGUUGUACCUGUUGAUGAUGAAGAAGAUGAUGAAGACAAUUAUAUAGAACCCACAGAAGAAAGCACUUCGCAAUCUGAAAAACCACCCGUGGUGAACAGAUCAACCAAACCUCCCUGUUCUGUGCCAUCACCUUCCACGCAAGACGUAUAUGAAAUUCCUGAGGAAGAGCAGGAGCCAUCACCUCCAUUACCCAGGAUAUCCAAGCCGCUUCCUCCCAAACCAGCUUCGAGGCCAUCCGGAGGACCUUCUCAUGAACGCAGCCUACCCAAAGAACCCUUCGCAUCCGAUACAUUUAAAUCGGACAGAAACGUUUUGCCACUUCCAAGGCACCGUCCUUCACCGAAAGCUGAUCCACAGGUCCUUGGAGCGCAAACUGAUGGAAGUAACGGCGUCAAUAGUGCUGCAGAAUUUAAAAUUCCUCCUGUUAAUGUUCCGUCCCCAUUUCCAAGGAUCACAAAAAAGCAAAUGAAUCCUGCAGUACCGCCGAAACCAAGCGUACCUGAUAGAGACCACUUAAAUAUUGCUGACGAUAAACCUAUACCAGCUGAACGCCGCCGGGGUUCGAGUCACGACAUGCCUCUUCCACCCAUCCCUUCCAGCAUUCAAAAGCCGUUACCUCAGAAGCCGCCAAUCUUGUCAAGUAAGUAUUCUGACAUUGAUUUAAUUUUGGUGUCAUUUUGAUCAGGGUGGAAACCUUGCUGAUA